UGCAUGAGGCAUGUGUGCAAUCACUUUACAACCACUUAAAAUUGCAGCAGUGAUCAGAAUGUCAAGCCAAACAUCUCUAGUAGAGAAAGGAAAGCAUUGUGUGGCAGUUGCCAGUGAAGUGCUGAAACACAAUGAAAUGGGUCAAACAGUAGAUGCAAGCAGCAAGCUGGUGUCGAUGCAGAAAGAUGCUGCUGUUCUUGCGAAUGAAGCUGAAAAGUUAGCCAAACGACUUGAGGCAGUGGACGACCACUAUCAAGAGAUGGAUGCUAAACUUCACCGCCAAGUCGGGCAAUUAGGUAUGCAAGAAGAAACAUUGAAAACCGGAAAGAAAAAUUCUGAGAGUAUUCUUGCUGGACAACAAAGUGUGCUUCGCAACAAAGAGUCGCAGCUUUCUUCAGCAGAAAGUGAUUUGCAAAGAGCUGAAGGAAAACUAAGAGAUGCUAUUAAAGAGGAAAAAAGUAUUCAGAUUGGCUCAGCUGUUGGUGGGGCUGUACUUGGAUUAUUUACUGGGGGAAUUGGUCUGUUAGUCGGUGCUGGAGUUGGAGCCAGUAUCGGUGCUAUAGUGAAUGCCUGCCGAGAUGAAGAAAAGGAUGCUCGCUCAGCCAGAGGUCGUCGUAAAAGUGAUGUAGACAGUGCAAAAUCUGCCGUUCAGUCUAGUGAGAAUCAAAUUUCCUCUCUUGCAUCGCAAAUCAAAGAUUUAGCAUUACAGAUACAACGACUGGAACAGAAACGUCAAGAAAUACAUCAAAAAAGGAGUGAGAUCAAAACAGCAAUCCCUGUUCUCAAAAAUUCAACACAGUUUUGGCUCCUUUUCAAGCAACUUUCGGAAGAUGGCGAAAAUCGUUCUACUCUUCUGAACAAAAUUGUUAAAAAAGCUCAUGAAAGAGAGAGCUAUGAAAUGUUUCAGUCCAAUGGAAGUCAAAGUGCAGCAAAUACUUUCUUUGAAGCAUGGAAGUCAAUAGAAGUUGCUGCUGCUGAUGGUUUUUCCAAUCACAUUUAUUCUAUCGAUUACAAUUGUGUGAAAUGCAGUAGCGCAUGCAAGGCACUGCCAUUCCUCCGUGGACCGGAUUUUAUUUGUUCUAUUUGCCACCUGGCACUACAGCCUACUGAUUGUUGAAAUUGGAAUUGGACUGUUAUGUGAACCGUCUUUAUAAUUAUUACUGAUAUAGCUAUUUGCAUGUUGAUUGAUCACAUUUGUACUUGUAAUGCAAUAUACUAUACUUAUUAUACUGAUCCUUUAUUGAGUUUAUUAUAAUUAUGCUAUAAUGAUUUAAUUGCCCACUGUUUACAA